AUGCGCUUCGGGCAGCGCCGGAGGCCGCCGCCGAGCGCUGUCGGCGCUGGCGGCGUGAUGCGGCGCGACGGCGACUGGGACUGCCCGAGGUGCGGCAAGAUGGUGUUCGCCAGCAAAGACGAGUGCUUCGCCUGCGGCGAGCCGAAGUCGAGCGGUGGCCGUGGAGGGGACCGCUACGAUGACCGGCGUGGAGGGGACCGCUACGACGACGACCGGCGUGGAGGGGACCGCUACGAUGACCGGCGAGGGGGGGGCGACCGCUACGACGACCGGGACCGCCGCCGGAGGCGCGACUACAGUGAAGACGACUACGACCGCGACAGCCGGCGCCGGCGCCGGGACUGACCAUGACCAUGACGGCCGCGGGGGCCGGCGGUGAGGGCGGGCCGUGCGCAGGGGGUGCAGCGGCCGCAGGGGCCGCAUGGGGUGGGCGCGGCCGCAGGGGCUCCGGCGGUGGGCGCGGGCUGCCCGUGGAGCCUGCGGCGGGGGGGAGAUGCGCGUCGGGUUGCUCUCGUCCGCUCCCAGUGGUGGCUGGAGGCGUCGCGCUUGCACAGAGGCAUGGCUCGCUCGCAGAGGCGGCUGCCCCGCCCGGCAGCUGCGCGACGGGCACGGCGCUGCGCGGCGAAGCCCCGCCGGGGCUCCCCUCCUCUCCGGGCCGCCCAGGCUGGGCUGGAGCAGUCGGGUUCUCGGAGGAUCGCGCCGCGUCGCCGGAGCGUCAGCGAGGCGGGGGCGACGCGGAGCACGAGCCCCCCGCGGAGGCGGGGGAGGCGCCGGCCAGAAGCAGGGGGGGCAAGGGCCCUCUGAGGCGUCUGCGGAGGCGGGAGGCGCUCUGGAGGCACGGGGCGAGAGGGCCGCGAGAGGGCGGGGCCGCGCGCGCGCGGAGAGCGGGGCCGGCCCGCUCCGCGCACGGCCGGAAGCUGGCGGGCCGCAUAUGCAUUGGAA